UUCCAGGUCUCCAUGUCUGAAAUAGAGCUCAGAGGAGAAGGAAUGGCUGCCAGGUGCCUGCCAGCUACUGUACAGGAUGCAGUGAAUGUCAGGGAUGUGGUGGUGGUCUUCACACCGGAUGAGUGGAUUCAGUUGAGCCAGUCCCAGCGGGCCCUGUACCAGGAGGUCAUGCUAGAAACAUACAGUCACCUGGUGGCACUUGGACUCAUGGGACACAAACCAGAACCACAUGGAUGGGACAUGGCUAAUAGCUUCUGUCUUGAUUGGAUGCUUGUGCCCAGGACUCAGAAAUCAACUCUCCAGGCAGCAGUUCCUGAAGAACUAGAUCAGAGGGCAGGAAGAAUUCCUAAUGAGCUUUCAUGGAAGGAAUCCGGCUGCUUGGUUGAGUGGCAAUGCAAAAAUCAGCAGAGACCAAGGCCACUCGCCCCUCUGACCCAGCAGAAAGCACCCCCUGUGGUCAGUGAAAAGAAAAAGGGUCAGUCUGAAAAGAGCUGCCUGGCCACCAGCUCACCUGCUAUUCCCAGUCAGGGCUCACAGCAGAGCAGUGCAGCUCUAGCAUGCCCUGAGUGUGGGAGAAUCUUCCAAAAGAACUCAGCCCUGCAGAGGCAUCGCAAAGUGCAUGCCGCCAGACCUCCAGCUGCCGUGCCUGCAUUGCCCAAGGAGAAGCGGUAUGAGUGCCGAGAGUGUGGGAAGGCCUUUCACCAGAGCACUCACCUCAUUCACCACCAGAGGGUGCACACCGGUGAGAGGCCCUAUGAAUGCAAGGAAUGCGGCAAGGCCUUCUCCGUCAGCUCCUCUCUCACCUACCACCAGAAGAUCCACACCGGCGAGAAGCCCUUUGCCUGCCAGCUGUGCGGAAAGGCCUUCAUUCGCAACAUCCAUCUGGCGCACCACUAUCGGCUGCACACAGGUGAGAAACCCUUCCGUUGUGACACCUGCGAUAAGGCCUUUGUGUGCCGGGCACACCUCACCAAACAUCAGAACACACACAGUGGUGACAAGCCCUACAAGUGCAACGAGUGCGGCAAAGCCUUUAGCCAGAGCACCAGCUUUCUGCAGCACCAGCGCAUCCACACGGGCGAGAAGCCCUUCGAGUGCAGUGAGUGUGGCAAGGCCUUCAGGGUCAAUUCCUCCCUCACGGAGCACCAGCGCAUCCAUACCGGUGAGAAGCCAUAUCAGUGCGGGGAGUGCGGCAAGGCCUUUCGUGACAACUCGUCCUUCGCCCGCCACCGCAAGAUCCACACCGGGGAGAAGCCCUACCGCUGCGGCCUCUGCGAGAAGGCCUUCCGCGACCAGUCGGCCCUGGCCCAGCACCAGCGCAUCCAUACUGGGGAGAAACCCUAUGCAUGCAACGUCUGCCAGAAGGCCUUCAGCGACCACUCGGCCCUCACACAGCACAAACGGAUCCACACACGGGAGAAGCCCUACAAGUGCAAGGUCUGUGGCAAAGCCUUCCUCCGCAGCACCCACCUCACGCAACACCAGAGGAUCCACACUGGGGAGAAGCCCUACAAGUGCCACCGGUGUGGGAAGGCCUUCAACCAGACUGCAAACCUUAUACAGCACCAGAGGCACCAUGUGGGUGAGAAGUGACGGAGCAGGCAGGGGGCCUGCAGGCUGAGCCUGAGCAGGAUGUUAGAGGAAUCAUCUAAGAGAAGGACCUUGGGUAUGGACACAGAACUUGGCCUCCAGUUGACCAAGAGUGGAGCUUUGUUGGGCUGAGGUCCUAGCAUUCAAUGGCCACAUCCGUGUCCCCUGGCCCCCAUAAUUCAGAACCCCAUUUCAUGCCUCUGAAGCACUCAGCAGAACUACAGCGACACUUUCUUCCCAGAUGUGUUUUGACUUUCGUCAGUUAGUUUUUUGGGAGGCCAUACCUGAUGGUGCUUAGGGGCUAUUCCUAGUUCUCACAUGUGUUCUGCUGGAUGACCCUGUGGUGAGAAGGUUAGAAGUUGGGCCUCUUAUCUGCAAAGUUUGUGUUCCUAGCCCUUGGGGGCAUUUCUCUGACCCUGUAUUUGGACUCCCAAGGGAAAUGGUAAAAUUGAAAAAACAAAAACAAGACAA